CCUCAGUCCAAACUCCAAAGUCUCAAACCCUAAAGCCCUGACCUUGCCGGAGCCGGAAAACCCCAAAUCAGACCCUAAAAGAAAGAGGAGAAGAAGAAAAGAACAUCUUUUUCCAACACCCUCUUUAGAGUUCUACUAUCUCUCUGCAUUCUUUUUUCCUUUGCUCUGGUUGUUUUCAUCUUUAUAUGCUCUGUUUUUAAGUGAACCCAAAAGCCCAGGAUGAAGAAAAUGCUAAUGCAGAAACCCAGAUCGUUUGCCUCCUACACAUUCCUCAUCUUGUUGUUCAUAGUCAAUGCAGCUCUAGUAACCUCCAAAUCCACGAUCGAGCCCUGCUCCAAUUCCGACUCCUGCAACUCCCUACUUGGCUACACCCUCUACACGGACCUGAAAGUGGCCGAGGUGGCGUCUCUCUUCCAGGUGGACCCCAUUGCCGUCCUCACAGCCAAUGCCAUUGACAUUUCCUACCCCGACGUUGAGAACCACAUUCUUCCCUCCCAGCUCUUCCUCAAGAUACCCAUUAGUUGCUCUUGCGUCGACGGGAUUCGAAAAUCUGUCUCUACCCACUACAAAACCCGCCCUCAAGACACGCUCUCCUCGAUUGCAGACUCCAUUUAUGGGGGUUUGGUGUCCGCUGAUCAGCUUAGAGAGGCAAAUUCCAUUCAAGAUCCUUCUGUUCUUGAUGUGGGACAGAGCCUUAUGGUGCCGCUGCCGUGUACUUGUUUUAAUGGUACAGAUAAUUCGCUCCCGGCCAUUUAUCUUUCUUAUGUGGUGAAGCCAGUGGACACAUUAACGGGGAUUGCCUCAAGGUACUUCACUACCAUCACGGAUUUGAUGAAUGUUAAUGCUAUGGGAAGCACUGCAAUUACAGCUGGUGAUAUUCUCGCGGUCCCUUUGUCAGCCUGUUCUUCUAAUUUCCCCAAAUAUGCCUCAGACUAUGGUCUGAUUGUGCCGAAUGGAAGCUAUGCCAUCACAGCAAGCCACUGCCUUCAGUGCAGUUGUGGGCCAGGCAAUCGCAAUUUGUACUGCAUGCCUGCUUCCUUGGCCGUUUCUUGUUCAAGCAUGCAAUGCAAAAAUAGUAACCUCAUGGUAGGGAAUGUUACGGUUCAGCAAAGUGGCGGUGGAUGCAAUGUUACUUCUUGUAAUUAUGGUGGUUAUGUGAAUGGAACCAUCAUCACGGGGUUGUCUACAUCUCUUCAACCUCGAUGCCCAGGACCCCAACAAUUUCCUCCCCUUGUUGCUCCACCGACUACAGUAACACGAGAUUCAGAGUAUGCCCCAGCUCCUGCACCACAGUUGGAUGGGGCUGGAACAGCAACAAUACCAAAGACUACCGUGCCAGUGUCUGGGUCACUUCCUGGUUUUCCUCCUGCAAGUGGUCCUACUGCUUUGGGGAGUUCUUCCGAUGCCUGCUCAUUGGUGAACACAUUAGCCACUUUCCCUGCCACUCUCUUGCUAUGGUUGUUUACCAAGUUGAUGAUGCCUUCCCCUAUGUAAUUUUGCUUGCCUGCCAAGAUUGGUGCGGUUUUGUUUUGUAUUGUAAGGUUGCUUGGUUUUUCUCCCACUUGUGGAUUGUAUGGAACCUCCUUAUUCGUGGCUGUUACAGUGCUGAGGAAUUGCUAUUAGUAAUUGAUUUUUCCCAAACCUGAAGCCUAAUUCAGAUUCUCGGCCGUUCUGGUGCUCAGAAAUUUCUGGCAUAACUGCAUGGUAUUUGAUUGUGUGACCUCGUUAUGCUCUUACAGGGGCUGCUUCAUUGUG